GAACAAUUUUACACUUCCAUCUGUUUCCAAAACCUUCUCGAAGUUUCUAGAUUGUUCCAGAUCGCAGUAGGCUAUAAAAGCGACCGACAAUUUGAAAACGCGUCAAAGUUAAUUCAACUGCGAGUACGAGAAGCGAAGCUUCAGAGUGACUUUCCAAAGCAUUUUCAAAGCGAUUUUUCAGUGAAUCGUGUUUUAUUGGUGAUAUUUUUGAGAAAACUCAUCAAAGAUGCCUGAAGAAACACAAACCGCUGAGGUUGAGACCUUCGCCUUUCAGGCCGAAAUCGCUCAAUUGAUGAGUCUGAUUAUCAACACCUUCUACUCAAACAAGGAAAUCUUCCUCAGAGAGUUGAUCUCAAACUCCUCAGAUGCAUUGGAUAAGAUCCGUUAUCAAUCACUCACAAAUCCAUCAUGUCUUGACUCUGGAAAAGAUUUGCACAUCAAAAUCAUUCCCAAUGAAAGUGAAGGUACUUUAACCAUUAUAGAUACUGGUAUUGGUAUGACCAAAGCUGAUCUUGUCAACAACUUGGGUACCAUUGCCAAGUCUGGUACUAAAGCAUUCAUGGAGGCCCUCCAAGCUGGAGCUGACAUUAGCAUGAUUGGUCAGUUUGGUGUUGGUUUCUAUUCAGCAUAUUUGGUUGCUGAUAGAGUAACUGUCGUCUCUAAGAACAAUGAUGAUGAGCAAUACAUCUGGGAGUCUUCUGCUGGAGGCAGCUUCACUAUUCGCCCUGAUACUGGUGAACCUUUAGGCCGUGGUACCAAAAUCGUUCUGCACAUCAAAGAAGAUCAAACUGAAUUUGUAGAAGAAAAUAAAAUCAAAGAAAUUGUAAAGAAGCAUUCUCAAUUCAUUGGUUACCCAAUCAAAUUGCUUGUUGUGAAAGAAAGAGAAAAGGAAUUGAGUGAGGAUGAAGCUGAAGAAGAAAAAAAAGAAGGUGAAGAGGAAGACAAAGACAAACCAAAAAUUGAAGAUGUUGGAGAAGAUGAAGACGAAGAUAAAAAAGAUGAAAAAAAGAAAAAGAAGAAAACAAUCAAAGAGAAAUACACUGAAGAUGAGGAAUUAAAUAAAACUAAGCCAAUUUGGACUAGAAAUGCUGAUGAUAUCACCCAAGAAGAAUAUGGUGAAUUCUACAAAUCCCUCACAAAUGAUUGGGAAGAUCAUUUAGCAGUUAAACAUUUCAGUGUUGAAGGUCAACUUGAAUUCAGAGCCCUCCUCUUUGUUCCGCGUCGAGUACCAUUUGAUCUAUUUGAGAACAAAAAGAAGAAGAACAACAUCAAAUUGUAUGUCAGGAGAGUGUUCAUCAUGGACAACUGUGAAGACCUCAUUCCAGAAUAUCUCAACUUCAUCAAGGGAGUGGUAGACUCUGAAGAUUUGCCAUUGAACAUUUCCAGAGAAAUGCUUCAACAAAAUAAAAUUCUUAAGGUGAUCCGUAAGAAUUUGGUUAAGAAAUGUUUGGAAUUAUUUGAAGAACUUACUGAAGAUAAAGAUGGUUUCAAGAAAUUCUAUGAACAAUUUUCAAAGAACAUCAAAUUGGGCAUUCAUGAAGAUUCUCAAAACAGAGCCAAAUUGGCAGAUUUGUUGAGAUACCACACCUCUGCUAGUGGAGAUGAAGCUUGCUCUAUGAAGGAAUAUGUUAGUCGCAUGAAGGAGACACAGAAACACAUUUACUACAUUACUGGUGAAAAUAAAGAACAAGUAGCUCAUUCUGCUUUUGUUGAACGUGUUAAGAAGCGUGGUUUUGAAGUCAUCUACAUGACUGAACCUAUUGAUGAAUAUGUUGUCCAACAACUUAAAGAAUAUGAUGGCAAGACUCUGGUUUCAGUCACUAAGGAAGGUUUGGAAUUGCCUGAAGAUGAGGAAGAAAAGAAGAAACGUGAGGAAGACAAGGCUAAGUAUGAGGGGCUUUGCAAAGUCAUGAAGAGCAUCCUUGACAACAAAGUUGAAAAGGUUGUAGUUUCCAAUCGUCUCGUAGAAUCCCCAUGCUGUAUUGUAACAUCUCAAUAUGGUUGGACAGCAAACAUGGAACGUAUCAUGAAAGCCCAGGCUCUUCGCGAUACCUCAACCAUGGGUUACAUGGCAGCCAAGAAACACUUAGAAAUCAACCCUGACCAUUCUAUCAUUGAAAAUCUAAGACAGAAAACAGAGGUCGACAAAAACGACAAAGCUGUUAAAGAUUUGGUCAUCCUGCUCUUUGAAACUGCUCUGCUUAGUUCUGGCUUCACAUUGGAUGAGCCUCAAGUGCACGCUUGCAGGAUCUACAGGAUGAUUAAGUUGGGUUUGGGAAUUGAUGAGGAAGAAUCUAUGCUUACUGAAGAAACUCCAGCUGGUGAUGCGCCGGCCGCUGAAGCUGGUGAUGGUGAAGAUGCUUCCCGAAUGGAAGAAGUUGAUUAAAUUUUGGAAUAGUUUUUCUUUAAUGAGCAUGUGUUAUAAUAUGUUCUCUGGCCAUCUCAUUCCUUAAUUUGUAAAUAUUUACUUUGAUUUUUAUACUGAGUAUUAUAAAAGUUUUGAUUCGUGACUAAUGUGUCAUUGGCUGUGUGGAAGUACUAACGACCAAAUGUCAUCAGAAGUUGUACUGAUUUUCCUUUUUCUGUAAUAAAAUAUUUUGAGUUCAACAA